AUGAACGCUCUCCGCCUCGAGGCUGAUGAUGCCCACGAGAAGAACGAGGAUCUCAAGAACAAGGUGAAGACCUUGGAGCAGGAGAACCUUGCAAAGGAGCAAGAGAUCACAUCCCUCACCCACCGCAACCAACUCCUCGAGGCUGAGGUGGAGAAGCUGGAGUCGUCCGCAAAGGAGGCUAAGGACGCCGCCAGCCAGAGUGCCCAGCACGAUACCCAGAACGAAGCGCUGCAGAGGCGUGUACAGCUCCUCGAGGAGGAGGCUGAGGAGGCUGACAGGAAUCUGCGCGAGACAAACGAGAAGCUCCGCCAAACAGACGUCAAGGCUGGCCACUACGAACGCAAGGUGCAGGCUCUCGAGACAUCUCGCGACGAAUGGGAGAGCAAGUACGAGGAAAUGUCUGUGAAAUACGAGACCCUGAAGAAGGAACUCCAGGAGCUCGAGCUUUCUCUGAACAGUGUUUAA